AUGAAUUCAUUUCAGCAUCCAUUGAAAGUUCAACAACCUAUCUAACCAAAAUAUAAAAACUAUAAUUAAAGAGUUGAUGUGAUAACAGGGUCUCAAAACUAAACUCUACUGCCAGCAGAUCUCUAUGUCACUGAUCCUAUCACUGGAAGAAAGAUUAUAAGAAGAAUAAAAGAGGAAGAGUGA